AUGUCGUUUACUUCUACAUCUCUGUUCGAUACUACCCCCAUGAGGGGCCUCUCGGGUAUGCUUUACAAGUGGCUCCCCAAGGACGAUACCUCGAAUGCCCCAGCCGUCCCUGCCGCAUCCGUUGCCUCUACCCCGAGGACAACCUUGGGAAAGCGGAAGAGAGAUGCACCCACCCAGCCGAGGCAGACACCCGUCCAGCCAAAUCCGGCACCGGCCGAGCCAAGGUCGUAUGGCAUGCGUAACAGGCCAGCCAAGUCGUAUGCCGAAAUCGACUCUGACGACGAACUCAUCGACGAGUCUGACCCCGGCUCCGAUUCUGACUCCGACUAUGAUACUGCUCCUCGAAAGAAGCCACAGAAGCCCAAAACCAAGCCUCUCCCCAAACACCUCAUCUUCCCCUUCAUGCGCCUCCCCCGGGAGCUCCGCGACAUGAUCUACGCCCACGCCCUCACCGACCCCAUCGGCGCCCUCUACAUCGAAGAGCGCUUCCACCGCUACCGCCGCAAAGCCGCCCGCGUCGACGCCGGCCCGCAAUCCUACCUCGCCAACUACUCGCACUGGACCGAGCAGAACCCCGCCCAAGCCAUGGCCCGCUGGCCCAUCGCCGAGGGCUACUACGCGCCGAACGCCAAACGCCCAAAACCGCACCGCGCCACCCUCUCCCCCUCCCUCCUCGCCGUCUCCCGCCGCAUCAACGCAGAGGCGACGAGCGUCCUGUACAGCCAGCCCCUCGUCUUCGCCGACGCCGGCGCCCUGCACGCCUUCCUCGCACCGCUGCCCGUCGCCCCCGCGAGGGAGGCUCUGCGGGACGUCACGGUGCUGGGCGUCCGCGGCUCUUGGGAACGCAGCAUGCGCGCGGCGUUCGACGUCGCGGCGUUGACGCUGCUGGCCGAGGGCGCGACGAAUCUGAAUGUGCUGAGGUACCAUGAUGAGGGUUUCCGCGACGAGCCGAGUGCGGACGAGGGCCCGCGUCGCGCGGCGAGGAGGUUUUAUCGUCGCGCUCUUCAUUGGCUGGAUGUCGUUGCGCGGGAGAGGGGCGUGGAUGAGGCGGUGGGGGUGGUGCAGGUCAUCUGUUUGAAUAAUGAGGUUUGGGGAAGGGAUGAUCCGGACGUGAUGAUAGGGGAGUAUUGGGACGAGUUGAAGAGGCCACCAGCACCCGCCCAAAACCGUGCCGUGGUGGAUGCAGCAACAAUGGGAUCAUUACACCCAAAUCACGAACUGGAAGGCCUAGCCAGCCAGAGCCGACAGCAAAGCGCCACACCUUGUCACGACAAUUCGGCCCCGGAGAUCAGUAGAUCAAGCAGUCCUGUCUCUGGAUGGUUCGGCAGAGGUCACGCGCAGCCUCAGGAUGAUCCUCCUUCGUUCCACGAAAGCACGAACGCUCUCAACCCAGCAACAAAAUCUCACUUCAUCGAAGAUGCAACCCAGCUCCAGCCAACUGAUAGCCGUACAUCGAGGACAGCAUCAUGGAGAAUCCACUGGAGAUCACCGACGCUCAUGAUGUUUUUCCUCAUCGCUGGCAUAGCAUUUGCUUUGGGGCACCACUUUCAUUAUCAGUCUUUGGACGGUACCACCGUUUCCACAGAGACUAGUCAGCAAUGGGCCAUCAGAAUUGGAACUGGCCUUGCCUUCCUGUGCAAAACAUCUUUAGCCGCCUCGGUUGGCGUAGCAUAUACACAGCGGUUAUGGGUAACGGUGAAGAAGAGAGUGCUGAGCCUGCAGAACUUGGACGAUGCCUUCUCUCUUACAACAGACCCCUUUUCGUUCUUCAGCUCACGGGUGCUGAUCAGCGCUAAGCUGCUAUGCCUGCUUGCGGCGUGCAUGUGGUGCAUCCCCAUCGUUGCCACGAUAACUCCAGCAACUCUGUCAGUCCGGGCUGGUCUAUCCAAUGACACUUCUUCAAUGAGGGUCCCUCGUCCCUCAUACGGCAACGAAAUUUGGGGUAUCACAUGGGUCAAUUUUGAAGGUGUAGGCCGGAUCGAGUCGCCUUCAGCCGCCGUCAAUCGUCUGAUAGCCACGACGUCCUCGUCUAUCGCCAUCCUGCCUUUUACUGCUCCGUCUCCGAAUUCUUCGUACACCCUAGACUUUUACGCACCGGCAAUCAAGUGCGAAACCCUCUCCGCAGCAAUUUCCAACAACACCAUCAAACUGGACGACCCGACAACGCUAGAAAAAGCUUGGAACGAGUCCAUGUACUCCGACAUGAAAAAGUCCUCGACAUUCGAGCAGCUCUAUAUCGGCAAGACAAUGAGCGUCCUCGACACGUACUACAUCCCCAACCACUUCUUCAUCAACACCAACGGCGCCAGCGGCCGCAACUACUCGUGCCACAUGUGGAACGCCUCCUACACCGUCGACUUCGUCAGCCUCUCCGGGACCCUCUCCUCCACCAUCACGGACCUCUCCCCCGUCUCCCCCCUCGCCAUCAACGGGUCCGGCGUCGCCACCGCCGACUACGCGCCCGGCGAAAUCGCCUACUGGUCCCUCUACUCCGCCCUCUCCGACAUCAUCGUCACGAGCGUCUACUACGGCUCGACCUGCUCCCUCAACGGCGCCGACACGUCCAUCUUCAAGUCAGGCAUACCCGCAUGCCCGGAGAUCAUGAACGACACGGUGGGCGGAUGCAGCGGUAGCGGCGCGAGCAGCGGGUUCCAAAGCAUCCUCUCGCCGUGGAUGUGCCGCGGCGGGUCGGUGCCGCGCGCGGUCGAGGACCUCUCGCACAACGUCAGCCUCAGCCUCAUGAGCUCCGCCCUAUUCUCCAACGCCACCGACGCCGCCGUGACCGUGUCGCUGCCGCAAAACUACUACGCGUACAACCGGCGCAAUCUGCUGUGUGCGUAUCUCGCGGCUGUCGUGGCGGCGCUGGCGUGCGUGGCCGUCGGCGCGCAUGCGUACGGCGUGAAUGGGUAUAGCGCCAGUCAGUCGUUUUCGAGUGUUUUGUUCACGACGAGGAAUCCGGACUUGGAUGCGUUGGCGCGGGGGCAGUGCUUGGGGGAGCAGCCGACGCCGGGGGAGGUGAAGGGGACGAUGUUGAGGUAUGGCGUGUUGAGGUCGGGGGGUGGAGGGGUGCCGCAUGUGGCGUUUGGGCUGAGGGAUACGGUCGGGCCGCUGAAGAAGGGCGAGCUGUGUUCGUGA